AUGGCCGGUACAGAGACUCCGAACGUGAAAUCAGAGGCGCCCAAUGCACCAGUGGAAAACAGUAACGAGAAUAUGCGGGAUCGAAACCCGCCCGGCGGCGGCGGUGGAGGCGGUGGCGGCGGCGGCGGAGGAGGCGGCGGCGGCGGUGGCGGUGGCCGGGGACCUCGAGGCCGAAAAGGCGGUACACGUUUCUCAGGCGGCGGCCGCGGAGGCGGCGGCGGCGGUAUUGGCGGCAGAAAUAAUGAAGCGAUGAAAAUGAAUGACUCCAUGGAUGGAGGAAUGGAUAACCCUAUGCCCGAAGGCAUGAGUGGUGGUUUAGGAGGUGGAAUGGGUGGUGGCAUGGGUGGCGGUAUGGGUGGCGGCAUGGGAAUGGGUCGCGGUGGACCAAUGCGAGGAGGUGGAAGAGGAGGCCGUGGUGGUGGUGACAGAAACAUGGCUACUAGAUCACAAGAUGAUCGACUGAUGGAACGCGUCAUGGCUAUCAGUGGACCUACUCAUGAACUUCCACCACAAGAUAUAACUGAAAAGAAAUUCAGUGGACGGAAUCGUUUGUAUGUUGGAAACUUAACAAACGACGUGUCCGAGGAAGAGAUUCAGACUUUGUUCCAAAAAUUUGGAGAAAUAUCCGAAUUAUUUGUGAACAAAGAGAAAAGUUUUGCUUUUCUCAGAAUGGAUUAUAAAGCAAAUGCUGAUAUGGCUAAACGCGAACUAGAUGGUUCAAUGCGCAAAGGUCGUGCGUUAAAAGUACGCUUUGCCCCUCAUUCAUCGACAAUCAAAGUGAAGAAUUUGACAUCGUGGACAUCUAACGAACUUCUCGAGAGAGCCUUCAGUGUGUUUGGUGAAAUUGAACGUGCAAUCGUCAAGGUUGACGACAGAGGUAAAAGCACUGGCGAAGGAAUUGUCGAGUUUUGCCGGAAACCGUCUGCUCAAUUAGCUCUGAGAAAGUGCACAGAAGGUUGCUACUUCAUUACGGCUUCCCUUCGCCCAGUAGUCGUUGAGCCAUUUGAACAACAAGAUGAUGUGGAUGGUUAUCCUGACAAAAAUUUGCCACGCAAGAAUCCAGAAUUCUUUAAAGCGCGUGAAAUUGGACCACGCUUUGCGCAGUUAGGUAGCUUUGAGCAUGAAUACGGCACAAGAUGGAAACAAUUACAUGAAUUAUACAAGCAGAAGGAGGAAGCACUUAAACGAGAAAUGGCAAUGGAGGAAGAAAAAUUAGAAGCCCAAAUGGAAUUCGCUCGAUAUGAACAUGAAACGGAGCUCUUAAGAGAACAACUGCGUAUGCGCGAGGCGGAUCGUGAAAGGCAGAAGAGAGAAUGGGAAAUGAAGGAGCGACAAGCAGAAGAGCAGAGAACUCGUGAAGAAGAAUUAAGACGACGUCAACAAGAAGAAAUGGCGAUACGUAUCAGGAGACAGGAAGAGGAAUUGCAUAGACGUCAACAGGAGAAUAAUUUAUUUAUGCAGGAACAAGCAAUUCGUAGUAGCGGCAAAAAUUACGAUUCUGUUAGUAGCAAUGAUCGUGAUGGAUAUGGUCAACCUGACGGUGGAAGCGGCAUGCCAGUGGACCCAAAGUCAUUUAUGGACGCGUACAAUAUGGAUCGCGGUAGUCGAGGGGGUUAUAACGAUGAUCGUGGGCAAAUAAUGGAUUUAAUGGACAUGAGGGUUGAUAUGGGUAAUAUGGGUGGUGGCCGUGGAGGCAGCGGGGGUAGUGGACGUUGGCAAGGAAAUGAACGUAAUCGCCCGGAUGAUUAUCCUGCUAAACGCCGACGAUAUUAAAUAUGUGUAGGAUAAAAUCUUACUGAUUUCUUAAUACUCUGCUAAUCGUACUAUGUCCUUCGUUCAUUCCUCACUUUUGUAACCAAUAGCUUGAUAAUCAAUGAGGAAAUGGGGAAGGAAUAGUGUUGAAAAAAUUAAACAUGAUGUAUGAGAAUAACAUGUUGAACAUCCUUGGCAUCAAAUUUAAGAAAUUCGGUUUGUGAAUGGACGAGAGAUUUGUGUGAGAGUUUUGGGUUUGAACAUAUUAAUGUUUUGAUACUUUGUCGGAUUCUGUGUCCUCCUCAGAUGACAUUUCUUCUUGAGCAUGUAUUUCGAUUAAAUUCAAUUCUUGUCAAUACUGAUGUUAUUCAAAUAAUUGACGUCAUCAAUUUACUGAACGAUUUGAAAAUUUGCUUGGAAUUGCUGUUUUAUUGAAAUUCAAGCAAAAAUAUCAUCAAUUGAAGAGCAAUACUUAAUAUGCUCGAUAUUAUAUUGGACACAAUUUAUUCCACAGUUUUAGAUUUGAAUCAUGAUUUAAACAUAAAUCAAUCUUACUUCAUAAUUAACAUGUUUGCAAUAUAUAAUUAUAAUCUGAACAAAAUAUAGUUUAUUUGUUUGUACAUAUAAAUCGUCAAUAGUUUGAAUUUUUAUAUUGCAUUUACAUAAUAAAUAUGAGUGAAUUUCCAUUAUAAAUGAGAGAUGCAUGCAUUUAUUAUGAAGUAAGAUUUAAAGUUACAAUUUACUUGAAAAUUUUGACAAAUGUAUAUAACAUUAAGAUAACAGUAUAAUUUUUUGUUCUGACAAUAUGUUUUCGACUCGAAUAUCAUUGCUUAUUAAAUUGUUCAUUCUAAAUUUGUAAUGUAUUUAAACGUUUAAACAUUUUUUUUUUUUAUAAAAACUAUCCUUCAUUAUUUAUCAUUAAAGCAUUAAUUUAAUUAUUUUGUCAACUCUAGAUCGCACUUUCAUUUAUUUUAUACUCUUUACUUGAAUUAUAUAUGGAAUUAAUAUCAAUGUAUAAGCGACGACGUAAAAAGACGUCCUAACUAGAAUUUAAUUUUUCAAUUAAGAUUUGCAGUACGCUUGACUUGAAAAUUAGUAUUAUGUUGUCGUAUUAGGCAUGCUGAAUAUGGUGAUUGCAUCAUGAUAUGCAAAUUGAUCAGUUCUUAAAUAUUCAUCAGUAUAAUUAUCUUUUAGUGCGUAAGUUAACAUAUAUUAUAUAUAAAUAUAUACCCAUGCAUAUGCAGUGCUAUCUGCAAAUAUAAUAUUCAGUACUUUGUGAAGAAUCUUAAUCUAUAGAAGUGAUUUAAAAAAAUAAAGGUAUAUAAUACAAACUUA